CGUCAACUUGUCAGCUGGAGCAGAGCGUAUCAGAUUUCUACAGGACUGUGGGAGUCACACACCCCUGACUGAGCUACAGAAGAUCAGAGCAGAGCAACUGCCCCUCACUGCCCGGCCAAAGAAGACGCAUCAAGAAGGAGCUUGUGCCAUGAGGUGAUCCCUCUAUAAAGCUUGUUUCGUCCAGCCAAGUGUUUCCCCACCUGCCUCACCUGUAGACAUGGGGUUAUGUGAGAGUAUGAGGGGUUGGAGGCGGCAGGGCAGCGCUGCAGUGUUCAGGGCCGGUGUAGGAGUGUUGCUGCUGGGGCUCAGCCUGGCUCAGACUGCCCCUCCACGCGCUGCUUGUCCAGCUGCCGCUGCCCCACAGAGCCUCGCCCAGCCCCAGUACCAGAACUCAGCAGGGGAGGACACCGUUGUGGCUUUCAUGGCAGCUCUGGUCCAGUCCUUCCUGCACACAGUCCAGCCUAACCCCUUUCCUAAAGAUCUGAUCCUGAAAAUAGUCCAGGAUAUUGAGCGAGUGCAGUCAAAUCAAGAAAUCCUCAAAGAAACCCUGCUGUACCAAGUGGGUUUCCUGGUGUGCACAGCCAUUGGCGUCCUGUACAUCGUUCUGAUGCCCAUAGUUGGUUUCUUCUUGGCGUGCUGUCGCUGCUGUGGCAACUGUGGUGGGAAGAUGUACCAGAAGCAGACGUCCUCUAUUCACUGUCGCAGAAGAAGCCUCUACUGGAGCGCAUUUGUCACCACAGUCAUUAUCCUUGCCGGGAACAUAUGCAUGUUCAGAAGUAAUGAAGCCCUCAAUGUGAGCAUGGACCAGAGUCCAGCGGAGCUCAACAAAACUCUAGACAACAUCAACACCUUCCUCGGCGCCGUGCCUCAGCAAGUCGACUAUGUGGUGAAUGAGAGCUACAAAACUGUACAGCAUGUUACCAGAAACCUAGAUGCCAUUGGGCCUCAGUUGGGAGCAGGGAUCCAGGAGCGGUUCAGAGGAACCCUGGACCCAGCGCUGAACUCAAUUAGACUUCUGGAUCAAGAGACUGUCAAAACCGAUGGUCAACUGGACAAUCUGAACUCCUCUUUGGCCCUGCUGCAAUCCAGCGUGGACCGCCUCCAGGCCAAUGUCACCGCUGUUAAAAAUCAAAUCAAUCAGACUUUAUUCAACACAAGCUGCAAAAACUGCAGCACCCUGAUUCCAGAGCUGCAGAAACUAACACUGGGUGCCUCCAUCUCUAGUCAGGGCUUGAACGAGCUCCAGUCUGCAGUGGAUGAAGUCAUUAAAACUAACCUGACGUCCAAAAUCAAGGAGGUGGAGGAUUAUUUCAACAGCAUUCCCGAAAUUGUGACCAAUGACACCAAGGAUGUAGUUCAGAACAGCAAGCAGCUGCUGGGUGACAUAGAAACGCAGAUAUCGCAGGUGACCAAUGACAUCCCUUUAUCCGCUCUGACCAACGUGUCGGGGACUCUGGACCAGGUGCAGAGAGAAAUCGUCAGGGUCACGCCGGUGCUCGAGAGAGCUGAGUAUAUUAGAUGGGCAGUGUAUGUGCUCCUGUGCGCCGUGGUCCUCCUGGUGGUGGUGUGUAACCUCCUUGGUCUGGUCCUGGGCCCUCUGGGCCUGACAUCCAAAGCAGACCCCACGAAGCGCUCCUGCACAGCAGAUUGUGGAGGCAUCUUCCUCAUGAUGGGGGCAGGUUUUAGCUUUCUCUUUGGCUGGCUGUUCAUGAUCCUGGUGCUGGUGCUGUUCCUGCUGGGUGGGAACAUGUACACUCUAGUCUGUCAGCCCUGGAACAAUGGACAACUGCUAGAGCUCAUUGAUACUCCAGGUGUAAUUCCAGGGUUGGAGAUCGGUCCAUCUUUGGGAUUGAAAACCAACAUCAACAUCUCUGAUGUCUAUAGGGACUGUGACAGAAACCAGCCUCUGUGGACAACACUCCACCUGUACGAGGUCGUAAACCUUGAAGACCUGCUCAAUGUGUCCAAAUACACGGACCAGAUCGAGCAGAACUUUGAGAACACAGACAUCACUCUGUCCACCAUCACUCUCCUGAGCCCUGAAACGAAACAACAGCUCAGCAGCUUCUCCACCACGGCUCAAGAGUUUGACUCCGCCGCUCUCACGCAGCAGAUGAACAACAUUUCCAGCAUCAAUCUGAAUACAACAGCAGCUAAACUUGAUGAGCUCGCUGUCCUUCAAACAAACAAUAAUAUUAAGAAAGAGCUCCAGAAUGAGGCCCAGGACCUGAGGCAGAUCCAGGCUGCCAUAGAAACAACCAUUAACCCACAGCUGGAAAACCUCAACUCGACCAUCAAGGGCCUUCGAUCCAUCGUGGAGAAAAUCAAUGGAACGGUGGGGGAGGUGCUGAGCAACGUGGACGCGGCACAAGACUUCCUCAACACAAAUACGACACAGAUCGUCGAGACCGAAAGCAGAAAGUUUCUGGACUGUCAGCUGCAUUACUUUGUUGUUUAUGCGGACUGGGCCAACCUCACGAUCACGCAGCAGGUGGGCCGCUGUGGCCCGGUGGCAGGAGCUGUGGACUCUGUUGAGAACAUCCUUUGCUCAAACAUAGUGGAGUCUCUGAAUGCGUUCUGGUUCAGUCUGGGCUGGUGCAUAAUCUUCUUCAUACCCAGCAUCAUCUUUUCUAUCAAACUAGCCAAAUACUACAGGAAAAUGAAGUACUCUGACGUCUAUGACGACCACAUAAUCAUGAACCACAUCCCUCGGGCCCAGAUGAAAUUCACCUGAGAAGACAGCAUAUGUGCAGCUUUAAAAGACUGCAGGCACAACUGUGGCAUGGCUGGACAAAAUAAAAACACAUGGUGCACUCCUGCACAGAUGUGGCACAAGUCUCAAACUGGAAAAAAAAAAGAGUUGGGUUAUCUACUUAAGUCUUUUUUAAUUUUGUGUUUCACCAUAAGGUGGAGAAGCAAAGCCACUUAUUAAGGGACAGCAGUGAUCAUACAGUACAUUUCACACAUUACAUGCAGUAUCUUUGAAUUGAGCUCAGGAGGACGCAGGGCGUAAGGGAAUCUGCAGGGAUUUUUUUUUAUUCUCCAUCAUUUUAAAUUGGACUUGUUUCAUUUAUUGUAUUUCAUCAGUGAUUUGUGUGCAUUUAAUGUGAUGAACUGUGAGCUGCUGCUGGAUUCAGACAACAUGUGCUCCAUAUUUCAAAUGGUCAAGCUGAUUUUUGUCGAGAGUUGAUCACAUUUACACAGUCGUAUGUCGUGAUGUUGGUGUGCAGUGCUCUCACAGAAGGCAGCAGUGUUAUUACAGGCAUGCGUGAUGUGGCAGCCUCUGUCUGUAUACCACAGAGGUUUGGCAACCUAAGUCCAGUGGGAAACACUUUGUAAUGAAAUUCUCAAUUACACUUGCACUAGUGUUGGAAAUCAAAGCACAAUUUCCUGUGUGAAUCAUGAAAUUAGUACACUUUUUUUUAAUGUGCCAGAUGUGACUGGUAUAACUGAUGCCGCCACGUCACUGCCGUUUGCGAACUACACAAUGCAACUAUUAAGUGUUUUGAUACAGUACAUGUGUUUAGAAAUAUUGAAUUUGCCUGAUGUGAUUCAUGAUUGGAUGAUGCUGAUUUUUGUACUUUGUACCACUUUGUACUCAAUUAAUGUUUAUUUCUCUGUCACACAGCACUUUAUAUGGUCUAUUUGCUCAAUGUGAUCAAAAGGUUGUGAACAUUUCUGUAAACUACUGUAAGUAAAAAGUGUCAGUCGGCUGUG